AGGUCUACAACGAUAAGAAGAAUAAGGACCAGGGCCCCGAGUGCGACUACGGGUUCAAGCUGAUCAUCAUCGGAGACGCCGGCGCCGGCAAGAGCAGCUUCAUGCAUCAGUUCCUGGAGGGCAAGUUCAGGAAACAGUCCACGCACACGAUCGGCGUCGAGUUCGGCACCAAGAUCAUCUCCCUCGGCAAUCGCCAGAUCAAGCUGCAGAUCUGGGACACCGCUGGCCAGGAGCGGUACCGCGCCGUGACGCGCUCGUACUACCGUGGGGCCGUUGGCGCCCUGGUGCUCUACGACGUCACGUCGCGCGACUCCUACAACAAGCUGUCGGCCUGGCUGCAGGAUGCCCGCGAGCAGGCGUGGAAGGA